AGCCCUAGUUUCACACUAGAUGAAUGGUGAAGAAAUUUUGGGCCAUGGGCCAAGUGGGUUACUUGAAAAGGAAGGGAACUUAAACCGUAUCCCGAUCCGCAAUGACAGGCCACAUGGCGGGAGGCAAACGGCUGGAAGGGCAUUAUCGUCAUUCGCACAAAGAAAGUCGGUUACUUUCAGAAAUCCCCAAAGGUACCAAAUACCUUUCCUGCUCCCCAAAACAUAAGAUUCCCUUUGUUGCCCCUGCCCAAAGGUUCCACUCUCCUUUCGCCAAAAAAAAAAAAAAAACACAAAGUUUCCAACUUUGGAUUAUAAUCCCAUUUCUGCACUAGAAAUUUGCAGCCUUUUUUUUCAUUUGGGGUUUAAGGUUUCUGGGGGUUUUAGCUAUGAUCCUCUCUGCGCUUUUAACCUCAGUAGGAAUUAAUCUGGGUCUAUGUUUGCUAUUCUUCACUCUCUACUCUGUUCUGAGGAAGCAACCCAGUAACGCCAAGGUUUAUGCACCGCGCUCUGUUGCUGCAAAAGGAGCACCAGCUGAAACAAAUGGCUUCGAUUUCGAUAGAUUGUUGCCCACUGCAGGUUGGGUGAAACGGGCAUGGCAGCCCUCUGAGGAUCAGCUCUUGUCUGUCACCAGUUUGGAUGCCGUGGUGUUUAUGCGCAUUUUCAUCUUCAGUUUGAAGGUGUUUGGGUUUGGUGGGAUUAUUGGGGUUUUUGUUCUUCUGCCAAUAAAUUUUCUGGGGACCCAGCUGGAGGUGGAUUUUUGGGAUUUGCCCCACAAGUCUUUGGACUCGUUUAGUAUUUCGAAUGUGGAUGAUGGCUCAAACUGGUUAUGGGUUCAUUUUUGUGCAGCAUAUAUUUUCAGUGCAGUCGUCUGCUAUCUUCUUUACAAUGAGUACGGCUAUAUCUCAUCAAGAAGAAUUGCUCACUUCUAUUCAUCCAAACCUCAGCCUGAUCAGUUCACAGUAUUGGUUCGUGGUAUUCCUGUCCUAUCUGGGAGCAGCUGCAGUGAAACUGUUGAAAAAUUCUUUACAGAAUAUUACUCUUCUACUUAUCUUUCACACUUGUUGGUUCGUCGAACUAGCAAACUCCAACGUCUCACUAGUGAUGCAGACAAGGUAUACAGAACGCUUGCCCGUCUAAAGUCAGAAAAGGAUCCACAGCAAAGAUUCAAGCGUGAUGGGCUUUUUGGACGCAAAGUCGAUGUGUUGGAUCACUAUGGAAAGAAAUUGGAUGAUUUAGACGAUACUGUUAGAUUAGAGCAAUCAUCGUUGGCAGGAAAGGAAGUUUCAGCUGCCUUUGUGUCGUUCAAGUCCCGGCUUGCUGCUGCAAUAGCUGUACACAUUCAACAAGGAACAAAUCCCACAGAGUGGGUCACAGAGAGCGCUCCUGAGCCUCAGGACGUUCAUUGGCCCUUCUUUUCUUCAUCUUUUAUAAAAAGAUGGGUCUUCAAGCUGGUGGUGGUGGUUGCAUGUGCUGCUCUUACGAUUCUAUUCCUCAUUCCGGUUGCAAUCGUGCAAGGCCUUGCUAAUCUUGCACAGUUAGAAACCUGGUUUCCUUUUCUCAAAAGCAUACUGAGUUUAACAGUUGUCAGUCAAGUCAUAACUGGAUAUCUUCCAAGUCUUAUUCUUCAGUUGUUCCUUUCUUUUGUGCCACCCAUCAUGAUAGUGUUGUCAUCCAUGGAAGGAUACAUCUCUUUCAGCCAGAUACAAAAAGGUGCAUGCACGAAGAUGUUGUGGUUUACUAUAUGGAACAUUUUCUUUGCAAAUGUACUAUCAGGAACAGCUCUCUAUCGAGUCGAUAUCCUUCUUGAGCCCAAAAAGAUUCCUGGGCUACUUGCUGAUGCUGUUCCAGCACAGGCAUCAUUCUUCAUUGCAUAUGUUGUGACAUCUGGAUGGACCAGUGUAUCAUCAGAACUCUUCCGCAUGACCCCCCUGAUUUUCAGUAUGAUAAAAAGACUAUUUUCAGGAAAAGAUAGUGAUGAAUUUGAGGUUCCUUCAAUUUCAUACCACAGUGAAAUUCCUAGAAUUCUAUUUUUUGGAGUCCUUGGAAUAACAUACUUCUUUCUGGCUCCAUUAAUUCUACCUUUCCUUCUGGUUUACUGUUGUAUGGGAUACCUAAUCUACCGCAACCAGCUAUUGAAUGUAUAUGCACCCAAGUAUGAAACUGGUGGAAAAUUCUGGCCUAUAGUGCACAAUUCAACAAUAUUUUCCCUGGUACUUAUGCACAUCAUUGCGAUUGGACUAUUUGGGAUUAAAAAGCUUCCCUUAGCUUCUAGUUUGAUGAUUCCUCUUCCAAUUCUCACUCUUCUUUUCAAUGAGUACUGCCGCAAACGAUUUCUACCGAUAUUCAAAUCAUAUCCUGUUGAGUGUUUGGUAAGGAAAGAUAAAGAAGACCAGAGUGAUCCUUCAAUGGAUGCAUUUUAUGAUAAAUUAAGCACUGCGUAUAAGGAUCCAGUUUUGAUGCCAAUCCGACAUCGAAGAAGCACCGAUGAUCACAACUCUCCACUUCUUCCCGCUGAAGUCUGAACCAACAUAUGAUAAUUGAGCAAAUGUGUGAUUCAUGCUGACACCAUGUGGCUCAGUUGUUUGAUUGGAAUUCGUAAGAGAAAGAGACUUUGGCUUAGUUUUCGAUCUCCACGUGGAGCAACAACAAAGGGCUUCUGACAUUUUCUCUUAGGAUCAUCAAAUUCUGGUUUACCCUGACGCAAUCAGAGCGCCCUUUCCAUGCAAACAUCACACUCAGAUUUCAGCAUCAGCUAAAAGUGCAUAAGUCUAAUCUUUGUUUUUCUUCUCCAUAAAAAAAUGCAGAACAAUGAAGAAAAUGUUCAUAUUGAUGAAGUGUUGUUAUUUCUUGGCCAGACCGUUGUACAUAUUAUAAGUUUUGUGGUUAAAAGUUUCUAAUUUACAUAUCAAUGUUUUAAUGGUGAGCUCCAAAGUGGCAAAAGAUUGAUUAAACUAGUGUGAACUUAUAAAGAUUCGGUUCUAGGACUUGUUUUGUUUAUGGCACCGUGCAGCCCCAGAAUUGCUACCCGUUUAUCUUGGUUUUUCUUCUUGUUUUUUUCUGUGUGGAUUUUGUAAUCUUCUUCAAUGGUGUGUUCAAUCUAACUUCGUUUUUAAGUCCAAUCAAUGGUGUGUUCUACGGAUCUA